UACUGUUGGGACAAGGGGCCCCGCGCACUGCGGUACUGCAGUCUGCUUCCUCCGCGUUCUCCCCAGGGACCUGAGCGUUCGCAUCACUCUAGAGGCCCUAGACCCUGUGUCAGUCGCUCGUGGUCAAACCUAUUGCAGUCGAAGAGGACGUGUCACGCGUCCUCCUCCUUACCGAAGCGUUUGAGGCAGCUGCAGAAGCAGCCAAGUCCCAGAAGGCUAUGCAUGAAAUGAGGCUGUGGUUGCCCUUGGUUGAGUUGUCCCACCGGGUCUGCCAUGUGUCAAUGUUGCUCCUGCUGGCGGUGUCCUUUAACUCGGCUUUACUCCCUGAGCGGCGAAGAGCACAUCCGACGUCACGACACUCGUCAACAGCUUCCUCAUUGACUGCUGCGGUCCUGUGGUAUUCAGAAGCAUCCUGGAUAGCGCUCCUGCAGGACAGGCACGUGUCGAUGAGGACUCCUAGAUACUUGAUAGACCUCUGCGAUUGGACCGCCGUCGUUCUUUGGGCCACCAGCUCCAGCUCCGCGACGGUUAGCCAUGCCUCUACGGCUCGGACGGACACGGCGGCGAGUUCCUUCGUUACUGUCACUAUCGCGACGUCGUCGGAGAAACCUACCAAGCUAAAGUUGGCUGGCAUCGGGAUCCUUAGGACCCCAUCGUACAUGGCGUUCCAGAGCAGAGGUCAUAAAACGGAGAGCCACCAGUGUUCGAUCCCAGUCUGUUCUGUGUGGGUAUGUGCGUGUGCGUACUUACGCCAUACUCGGCGUGCCCCAUACCGCUAUGUGUACAACCCCUCCGAAACGGGCCUCUCGAAGGAUCCCAUACCCGUCUUCUAGUCUUGUAAGCUGUAAAUAAUAUACCUUACCUUUUACGAGUAUUACCAUAUCAAGGCUUUCUCUCUGUGCUCAGAUCAUCACAUAAUCUCAGAAUAUAAAACCGAUUUGAACAAUACACACAGUAUAUGUAUCUGCAUUUUCAUAAUAAAGUGUCUAUUGUAUAA